AUGAUUAUCGCUGCUAGAGAAGAAGAAGAAGAGAAAUGGGUGAAACAUUACUCAUCAACCCAUCAAAUUCUUCUAGUGGGUGAAGGAGAUUUUUCCUUCUCUUUGUCUUUGGCCCUUUCGUUUGGCUCUGCUUUCAACAUCUGCACCUCUUCUCUUGAUUCAUACGUAAUUGUGGUCAACGAAUACAAGAAAGCAAAAUCAAAUUUGCGAACUCUAGAGAAGCUGGGAGCAUACAUUUUACAUGUUGUGGAUGCAACCAAAAUGAAGCUUCAUCCUCAUUUGCGAAUGAGGAAGUUUGAUCGAAUCAUCUUCAACUUUCCUCAUGCGGGCUAUCAUGGAAGGAACAUAAUUUGCUGGUAUCUUGAGGAACUUGCUUAUGGAAACUCCCUGUCAUUAAUCGAGUGCGUCAGUUUUAAGAAAGAAGAUUACCCUGGUUACAACAAUAAGAGAGGAGAUGGUUGGAGAUGUGAUGAAUCAUUUCGCUUGGGUGAAUGCAGUACCUUCAAAUUUAUAUUCUCUCAACCUCCGAAGAAAAAAUCUAGAAGGGCAAGGAACAAGAGAAAUGCUAACAGAAGACCUCACAGGUUUAAUAAGGCAAGGGAGACAUUGGCUAGAGCUGGUAAUGGUGUGGACUAUUUUGUUCAGGAACCGCACAGGUUUGAUAGUUUUAGACUCUCUCAACCUCCGAAGAAAAAAUCUAGAAGGGCAAGGAACAAGAGAAAUGCUAACAGAAGACCUCACAGGUUUAAUAAGGCAAGGGAGACAUUGGCUAGAGCUGGUAAUGGUGUGGACUAUUUUGUUCAGGAACCGCACAGGUUUGAUAGUUUUAGACAUCCUUCCACAAAUUUCAACAGAAAUAUGAAUGACCAACAAGAAAGUGCAAGGAUCUCUAGCAGUUGCUUCAAUAUUAUCAGGGAGACACUUGGAAGAGCUGGUCAUAGAGUGGACUGUACAGUUCAUGGAUCACUUAUUUUUGGCUCGGAAAGGGAUAUGGAAGAAGCAACUGAAAGAACCUUAAAUGGUUAUGCAUUUGGAUGAACUUCGCAGUUCAAACAGUGCGAGAUCAGCAUGGCUGCAGCCUGCAAAGCAUGGUGUUGGGUUCGAGCAGUGUGAGAUCAGCACGGCUGCGAAGCAUGGUGUUGGAUUUGUAAUGUACUUUUGUGGCUUGCCUACCCUUUUGC